GAUCUGCUCUCUGGAAGCUCACGAAUCAGAGUUUAGGGGGUUUUUUUUAAGAGAUUUUUUUUUCCUUCAAAAAUUUUCCCUUCAACCUCGGGUUCUCUUUAUGGUUAUGAGAUUACAUUAAUGGCGAAGUCACAGAUCGCGUCUCGGUUUCUUCCGCUUUCGAUCCUGUGCUCCACGCUUCAGAUUCGAGCUUCAGAUCCUUUGUUUUACGAAUCAUUUGAUGAAGCAUUUGAGGGUCGGUGGAUCGCAUCGGAGAAGGAUGAGUAUAAAGGUAUAUGGAAGCAUUCAAAGAGUGAGGGACAUGAUGAUUAUGGCCUUCUUGUGAGUGAAAAGGCGAGGAAAUACGCAAUUGUUAGGGAGCUUGGGAAACCAGUUAAUCUCCAGGACAGGACCAUUGUUCUGCAAUAUGAGACAAGGCUUCAAAAUGGACUUGAGAGUGGCGGGGCAUAUAUUAAAUAUCUCCGACCUCAGGAGGCUGGGUGGAUCCCCAAGGAGUUUGACAAUGAGUCUCCCUAUACUUCAUCUAUCAUGUUUGGUCCUGACAGGUGUGGAUCCACCAACAAGGUCCAUUUCAUCCUUAAGCACAAGAAUCCCAAGACAGGAAAGUUUGUUGAGCAUCAUCUCAAGUAUCCGCCGUCUGUUCCAUCUGAUAACCUUUCUCAUGUAUACACCGCAAUUCUUGAAUCUGAUAAUGAGCUGCGCAUUCUGGUCGAUUGCGAAAAUAAAAAGAAGGCAAAUUUCUUGUCUGGUGAUGAUUUUGAGCCAGCUGUUAUUCCACCAAAGACCAUUCCUGAUCCCGAGGACAAGAAGCCUGAGGACUGGGAUGAGAGGGCCAAGAUUCUGGACCCUGAUGCUGUUAAACCUGACGAUUGGGAUGAGGAUGCUCCCAUGGAGAUUGAAGAUGAAGAGGCUGUUAAGCCUGAAGGGUUGUUGGAUGAUGAGCCUGAGGAAAUUGAUGAUCCUGAGGCUACCAAACCUGAUGAUUGGGAUGAUGAAGAGGAUGGAGAAUUUGAGGCGCCUAAAAUUGAUAACCCCAAGUGUGAAGCAGCACAUGGUUGUGGUGAGUGGUAGAGACCCACCAAGAGUAAUCCAGUUUACAAAGGAAAAUGGCAUGCUCCUCUGAUUGACAACCCUAACUACAAGGGAAUCUGGAAGCCACAGGAGAUACCAAAUCCUGAAUACUUUGAGCUUGAAAGGCCUGAUUUUGAGCCGAUUGCUGCUAUUGGUAUUGAGAUUUGGACAAUGCAGGAUGGCAUUUUGUUUGACAAUGUUUUGAUAGCGAGUGAUGAGAAGGUAGCAGAGUCAUAUCGGGAGAAGACUUGGAAACCGAAGUAUGAAGUUGAGAAACAAAAGGAGAAAGAAGAAGAGGAAGCUGCUCGUCUUUCAGAUGGGCUUUCAGGUUUCCAGAAGAAGGUAUUUGAUGUUCUUUACAAGGUUGCUGACAUUCCAUUCCUGGAGGCAUAUAAGAUCAUGAUCAUUGAUCUCAUUGAGAAGGGAGAGAAACAGGCCACCUUGACCAUCGGUGUCCUUGUAUCCGUUGCGGUUGUCAUUCUUACCGUCUUCCUUAGGAUGCUCUUUGCAGGGAAGAGGCCUGUGGCAUCAGCAAAACCAACUUCAGAAACCAAGAGCACAGAAACUGCUUCUGAAACAGACGCAACAGCAGAAACCAGUGCUGAGAGAGAGGAGAAUGAGAAAGAGGAUGCUUCAGCUACUUGUCCUCGGAGCUCUAGGCGGGAAACAUAGUCAAUUAUGGUUUCAAAUUUUGAACUGGCUAUUUUGUUGCCACUGUAAUCUUAAAUCUUUCUAGUUUCUGGAGUAUGGGUGUAUAUGAGAUUUUGGAUCAACCAUCUCUUAUUAUGAUGGUAUACUUGCAUGAAUUUUCUGAAUGCUUUUACCAACAUACUGGUAGUGUAACAUACAAUGAUCUUUAGCUACUGAAAA